ACAGAAUUUAGGUUAUGUUGUUAUAUCACUGUCACGGUGUUUAUCUUCUCUAAUUUCCUAAAAUUUUGGAAACGAUGCAAGAAUUAAAUGCACGAUUAGGUUCUAUGUAUAAUAACCUCUCGUCCCUAAGCAAACGGAAAUCAUUUAAGUAUGGUUUGCCCUUCAUUUUAUUUAUCGUUGGAGGAUCAUUCGGUUUGCGAGAAUGGACACAAAUCAGAUACCAAUUUUCUAAGGUAAAAGGUGUGAGUAAAGAGGAGGCAGCAAAAAUGGGACUUAACAAAGAUAAGAAUGUCACUUUGGAACAAACAUAUGAUGAAAUACAGAAACUUGACAUAGACAACUGGGAAAAUAAGAGAGGGCCUCGCCCUUGGGAAGCCGUAGAAGAAAAAAAGAAGUGAUUAGGAAACUAUUCCAUAUUGUGCUUUAUUCCUAUAGUCAUAAACUACAAAGUUGUUUGUAUUAUUGGUGUAAAUAUUGUUAAUUCUUAGUUUAUUUUAAUAAUAAUUACUGUUGAAGACUA